AUGCUCGGGCUCAAGGGGCAAGCGGAGGAGCCUCCACAAGCCCUGAGCCACAGCAGCACGGACAACACCCUGCUGGUGCUCGGUCAGCUGGGGAUCCCGCAGCACGAAGUUCCGCGCCUCCAGACCGGCAUGCAGCUGCUCCAGCGCCGUAACUACGUGCGUCGGGCGGAGGCUCUGGAGACUGGGCUCGAGGCGGAGGGAAACGAGCGACAGGGGCGGGAUGGAGAGGAACCAAAGGAUGCAGCCGAUGAGGAGGCUCAACCGAAGGAACCGCUGCCGGAGGAGGCUGCGAACGGGCAGGAGGCGCGGGAGGUGCCCCAUCCGCAUGCGCCAUCGGGGGAGGAGCCGGAGGAGGAGGCGCGGAAGAUGACGGCACCAAGAGUGACACCGCUGGGGCAGGAGGGGGUGGCGACGCCGAGGGAGACGACUCCGCAGGACAGACGAUAG